UUCUAUAUUGUUUGAUCUAGUUCCAUAAUUUUAUGGCUGCAUCUUUCGGGCAUUUGGAAAAUUUGGGAAUAAAGCGCAAGCGAUCAACAGUUGACGACGAAAUGGAACAUGAAGUUUUUGAUAUGCAGAACAGAGUAGAAUCAACUUCCAAGAUGUUCCUCAGUUUGAGUUCGUCAAGAGGGACUUAUCAAUCCGUUGAAUAUAAGAUUGGCAAAGAGACUAUGUACUUACCAAUUACAGAUGGUGAAGUGAUGGUUAACGUUCAAAGCAUUGAUCAGCUAACGUGCGAGAAAGGAACUUUUUUCAUGGGAGAUGAGAAUUCCAAAUAUGUGGGUUCGACAGCAGGAAAUGUACUGAACUUUUGGAAAUACAGUGACCAGAGAGGUAAACUGAUUAUUUUGCAGUCCUUCUUGUUUACGACGGUAGAGGAGUUCAGCAGGGUUGUCAAACACUUGGAGUCAGUAUAGUAUGUCAUAACUCUCUUCAACCACUAGAGAUUAUCUUGUCAUUAUAAUUAACUUUGGAGACUUAUCAAUAUAAGCAAAGGUAACAACACAACGCAAACUACUCUAAGUGUUCAAUGGAACAAAUUAAGUCCUCUAACAAAAACCGCUGUAUUUGCUUGUGUAAAUUAUUAUUAUUAAGGGUUGUGUUAUGUACAGUAGCUGAGCGAGAUGCUAUUAUGUUCAGUGUCUACUAGACUUAGCCCAAUAAGCAAGACUUUCUACAACUAAUGUAAUAAAAAGAGCAACCACAUAUCAAGACUUCAUCACCUUGUUUCGAAUAUUUCUCUUCAACUCCUGCCUCUGCAGCUGAUCCAGGAUUUGAGAUUGCAUGUUUACUGUGAUCCUAAGACCUCGGUUUCCACAACCUAGUAGAUGAUCUCCAAAGACAUCAAGAAUGUGUGCACAAGAACACAGAGCAA